AUGAUCCAGCCACCCCCAAAAGAAGAAGACUCUGCCAAAUGCCCAGAGGCCACAGUGGUGGAGUCGCCAUCACUUUCUGGAGACCAGUAUCCCCCUCGGAAGCGGUUUGCCUCUUCCCCCAGCAACUGGGAGCUCACAGAGGAGGAGGAGGCUGAGGAACAGGAUGACAGCUCCGCGGUGGCUCUCCCGUCCCCUCACAAAAGGGCCCCGCUCCAGAGUCGGAGGCUUCGGCAAGCCAACAGCCAGGAGGGGAGGCCCUGGUCCCGGCCCCCUCUCAAUUACUUCCACCUAAUUGCACUGGCAUUAAGAAACGGUUCCCCCUGUGGCCUCAACGUGCAACAGAUCUACAGUUUCACUCGACAACAUUUCCCCUUUUUCUGGAUGGCUCCUGAAGGCUGGAAGAAUACUGGGCGUCACGAUCUCUGCUUCCGAGACAGCUUUGAGAAAGUGCCGGCCGGCAUGCAGGGUGGGACCAGCACACGGCCCCGAUCCUGCCUCUGGAAGUUGACCGACGAGGUGCACCGCCGCUUUGCAGAGGAGGCCCGCGCCUUGGCCGCCACUCGGCUGGAAAGUAUCCAACAGUGCACGAGCCAGCCAGAUGUGAUGCCCUCCCUCUUCGACCUUUAG